AUGGCCGCCGCCACACCUCGUCGGUCCUCGACCUCCCCAGCCAAACCCAAGUCAUCUUCAACCAAAUCCAAAGCAGCACCCGUCAAGACUAAGACGACUCCGACACGCAACGCCUCGGUUAGAGCCAAGGCCGUACCGAAAAAAGCCAGUACCGCGGGCAAGGGCAAGGGCAGGGGCAAGGGCCGGAAACGUCUCGACUCUCGGGAGCUCGAUGAACCGACCGAGACGGAGAGCAGUGACGACGACGACGACGACGAAGACGAAGAAGAUGACGAUGGGUCUGAUUUCGCUGGGGAGGACUCGGAGCAAUCGUCACUUAGCGCUGCAGGCGACUCGGAUCGAGGGGACAGCGAUGACGAUGAUGAGGACGAGGACGAAGAGUCCGAGGACGAUGCCGCGAAUGGCAAGAAGCGACGCAAGAGUGGGGGUGGAUCAGCUAGCAAAAAGAACAAGAGGAACGGGAAGGGUGGCGAUGAUCUCAAUUUGCGUGUCAUCAAGAAGCAAAAGGCCAUUCCCGGAUCAACGGAGGAUCGUGAGUCGUCGCCGGGCCGCCACCCCUCCCCCACUCGACCUCAAUUUGACAUCACACCCCCGCGCGACAUGCCCGGACUGACUUUCCUACCUUUCUCGCUCGUCGCAUAGCCGAGACGCACAUCGUCUUGCCCUCAACGAUGGAUUUCCUCACUCGACUCAAAGAGAACAACGAUCGGGAUUGGUUCAAGGCAAGAGGUGCGCUCUUUCGCAUCGGCUCACACUCCACACAUCGGGGCCGACAAUUGAAUUUUUAGUACCGGUGCCCUGGCAGAUGCACAAUACCGACAUGCACUAAAAAAUGUAGGUCAUCUCUAGAGCGAUUCUCCAUCAUUUCAUGCCUCACUCUUGGCACGUGCUGCCACAGAUCCAAUCCUUAUGCCAAGCCUGGGUCCCGCGAGCAGCGCAAGCAGACUGGUCCUUGCCCGAAAUGCCCGUCAAGGACCUCAUGCAACGCAUCCAUCGCGAUGUCCGCUUCAGCAAGAGCAAGAUCCCCUACCGCACCUGCCUCGCCUUCAGCCACAGUCGCACGGGUCGCAAAGGACCCUUCGCGAUCUACUACCUCCAGAUCGGCCCGCAUGGUCAAUCCCUACUCGCAGGUGGGCUGUGGGCCCCCGAUGGCGAUCAAGUCAAGAUGAUCCGCAACGGCGUACUGCGCGACGCGGCGCCUUUGCGAAAGAUUCUCAACAAUCCCAAGUUCAUCAAGUACUUUGGUAAACCCGAUCACAAGUCCGGCAAGCGGACGAGCAUCUACGGUCAUGAGGACCAGCUGAAGAACUGCCCCAAGAUGGACGGCGUGACCAAAGAUCAUCCCGAGAUUGAUUUGCUCAAGUUGAGGUCCAAUGCGGUGACGCAUUAUUUUACGGACGAUGAGGUACUAAGUGAGGGCUUUUUGGACAAGGUCAUUGAUAUCAUGGAGGUGAUGGCGCCUUUUGUCCAGUUGCUCAAUGAUGUGAGUGAAGUGAAUUUCCCUCUUGCGCGUUUGUGAGUGCCGACGUGCGCAUUUUCUGAUCGUCCUUCAUCACAGUGGCUUGUCCCCCCUCCCUCGGACGACGAAGAUGAAGAUGAAGAUCAAGAUCAAGAUCAAGGCAACAAUGAAGACGAGCAAGAGGAGGAAGGAGAAGAAAAAGAAGACGAGGACGAAGAAUGAGCGCAGAGAACCACUUUCUUUCAACUCGACGGGGAUCCUCGCCGCAGCUCUCUUCUAG